GGGAUGCUCAAAGCCCCAUUGUGAAAUCCUUCCUGUCCAGCCAGGCUCCUCCUUCCUCCCCACCCCUUUAACAGACCCUUAAGCGGGCUCACACCAUUCUGCAGGUCUCAGUCUGCACCUUCACCAUGGCUUACAUAGCCAAGUCUUUCUACGACCUCAGCGCUAUCAGCCUGGAUGGGGAGAAGGUAGAUUUCAAUACGUUCCGAGGCAGGGCAGUGCUGAUUGAGAAUGUGGCCUCGCUCUGAGGCACAACCACUCGGGACUUCACCCAGCUCAACGAGCUGCAAUGCCGCUUUCCCAGGCGCCUGGUGGUUCUUGGCUUCCCUUGCAAUCAAUUUGGACAUCAGGAGAACUGUCAGAAUGAGGAGAUCCUGAACAGUCUCAAGUAUGUGCGCCCUGGGGGUGGAUUCCAGCCCACCUUUACCCUUGUCCAAAAGUGUGAGGUGAAUGGUCAGAACGAGCAUCCCGUCUUCGCCUACCUGAAGGACAAGCUCCCCUACCCGUAUGAUGACCCAUUUUCCCUCAUGACCGAUCCCAAGUUCAUCAUUUGGAGCCCGGUACGCCGCUCAGAUGUGGCCUGGAACUUUGAGAAGUUCCUUAUUGGGCCGGAAGGGGAGCCCUUCCGCCGCUACAGUUGCACCUUCCCUACCAUCAACAUUGAGCCUGACAUCAAGCGCCUCCUCAAAGUUGCCAUAUAGACACAAGCUUCUCAGCACACAGACCUAUUCCAUCCAGCCCUUAGGUAUCUUUCCUUAGGAUUCAGAAUGCCCUCAGGAGAUACUGCUGGACAAAAGCUUUCCCUUGGGAUCAGCCCCUUUCAUUGAAGAGCCUUGCCUUUCCGGUCUGCCUAUCUCCCUUCCCUCCCCCCCAACCUUCUGGUUGGUGAUUCUACUUGGAGCUCAAGACUUGGGUGGAUCUGGGCCUUCACAGAAUGAUGGCAUCUUCCUAAACUGUAUGGGCGGUGUCUGAGGAGUGUGAAGGGCUCGGAGCCAGCCUGCUAGAUGAGUCCAAUAAAGGGCAGGUGUGGAAAUGGC